GAAUGAACACGUGAAUUGCAAAACUCAUAUUGAUUGCUUCAAUUCCUAUUAUGAUUGUGUUGCAUUGAAAUGCACGGCCCUGAUAUCGCCAUGAUGAAGAGCUGUGUUGGAAAUUUCCUCUUUAACAAGGGAGUUGACGGAGUGAGUCAGCGAGGGCCGCCGCUCGUGCCGGGUCACGUACACAGUUUAUUUUUGUGCUUUAUCAUCAUUGAUGGGAUGUUUUCCCCAAACACAGGCACUGCCUUCGAUGCUUCAGCCAAACCGCAUAAUCUAUCCGCAUAGAUAUGCUCAAAUUAAGCUUUCGAAUGAGAAGGGAUUCCCAAUUAUACUUAUUAUAACAUAUGCCAAU